AUGCAGAACCCGCAGGCGGGCGCCCCCUCGAUGAUGGGCGGGCUGGGCAUCCUGCAGCCCACCGCGCCGCCGCCGGCGCUGACAGGGAAGACGCCGCAGUGGCUGCACGGCGAGAUCGACGCAGGCGCCUACCAGAGGGUGGCGCUGGGCUUCCGCAUGCCGGGGCCCGCGGACGACUCGCUGGAGCGGGCCGUGCUGGAGCGCGUGCUGGCCUCUGCGGGACCCGGGCCCGCCGUGCCGCUGGCCUUCGUGCUGGCGGGCACGCCCCCCGAGCCCAUGCACUGGCACGGCCGGGCCGGCGCUUGGCUGCACACGGCCUUCUUCUCCCACCGCCUCGCCCGCCGCGCCCGCGCCCUCGCCGCCGCCUCGCCGACGGCAGGCGGCGGCGGUGCGCCCCCGCGGCUGCCGCUGCCGAGCGGCGUGCACGAGGGGCAGUACGUGGUCGCCGUGCACCUCAGGCACUUCGAGCUUCCCGGCUGGAACCUCCCGGGCUCCUAUCUGGGAUUUUUUGGCGGCCAUCCGCGCCAUCUUCGAGCACACGGGUCUCUCGUGCGACAACGCGGCCGUGCGCCUGGUCGGCAGGGUCGACACGCCCGCCGCGCUGGAGAUCCUGGACGGCGUCCCGUGCUCCGGGGGAGUGCCGCGCCACGUGCCCGAGACGCGUGA